CUGUGAGCUGCGUUCUUUAUGGCUGGUGGCAAUCUCAGCAUUCUGCAAUUUGAUAGAUUUAUACUCUGCCUUUCCUCUGAUGAGUUUAUUGUGAUAUAUGUGACUCUCUCCCUCCUCAUUCUCUCCUCUGGGGCUGCGUCUCUGGUCUAGAGCACAUAUUUCAUAUUUUGUGGGCGAAAGGUCCCAUGUUCAGUGCCUGAUGUCUUCAGGAAGCAUGAGGAAAAGUUCCUUCUUGGAACCUUUGAGUUGCCAGUUAGUUAUAUCAACAUUACCUGUUAUGGUGAUCCAUGGAUCAGCGCCACUCCGCAAACCACUGGCUGUUGUCCCAGGAUUUGAAGAGAGGACAGAAAGGCUACUUUUACAGCAUUAUGAGAAUAUAUGACAGCAAAGCGCCGAGGGAAAUGUUGUACCAUCGGUAUGCGAUCAAUCUCCAGCGCCAGAACGUGCUGGGACUCAUCACAAAGCAGCAAGUCGAAUAUUAUGCCUCCUACCUGAAAGAUUCGAAGUCCUGCAGAGGGUCACGGCUGCAAACAGCACCUCCUGGGAAGGCAGACUGCAGGAAGACUCGGCUGGGGUUCUUUAAUUAAAUAUGAAUCAAAGAAAUCCAACAGUGAUAAAGGAGCAAAAGAGAGACGGGAUAAUAACCUUUCUUUAUUUGUGCGAACUGGAUAUUUAACCUUUUUCCAUCUCUGCCCUCUGCAAGAACUAACACAUUCAGAUGUCAUGUUAUAAGCCUACAAAGGAGGAUGGAUGGCUCUUCUCUCAUUUUGUUUAAAAUUAAUAUAUUUUUCUUUAGUUUAAAAAGUGCUCAGAAUCUCCAUCACUGUAUAUGCCUUAUGUGGGUCCAGGUAUUUGAAGUCUUACAGAAUUUGCCUUGCAUUGUGAAAGUCUGAUAUAUUUAGUGUGGGCAAUGUCAUGUGAGCCAGAAUGGUGUAGUAAUUUGAGCAUUACUCAAAUUUGAGCCCCCGGUGGCCUAGUGGACUAAAGCCUCGUGAAUUGAAGGUUGGGUUGCUGACCUGAAAGCUGCCAGGUUCAAAUCCCAUCCGGGGAGAGUGCAGAUGAGCUCCCUCUAUCAGCUCCAGCUCCAUGCGGGGACAUGAGAGAAGCCUCCCACAAGGAUGAUAAAAACAUCAAAACAUCCGGGCGUCCCCUGGGCAACGUCCUUGCAGACGACCAAUUCUCUCACUCCAGAAGUGAUUCAAGUUGCUCCUAACACAAAAAAAAAAAUUGGUCUAGGACAGUGGUUCUCAACCUGUGAGUCCUCAGGCGUUUUGGCCUUCAACUCCCAGCAAUUUCAGCUAGUUUACCAGCUGUUAGUAUUUCUGGGAGUUGAAGGCCAAACAUCUGGGAACCCACAGGUUGAGAACCACUAAUCUAGGAUGAUGGAGAACAAUGUUUGAAUUCCCAUUUAGUCAUGGAUGCCCACUGGAUGCCUGGGAAAACUAUACUUUGUCAACUUCAGAGAAACCAACUCUUGCCAAUAAAAUCCUGUGAUAAUGUUGCCUUAAGGUAGCCAUCAAUAAGAAAUGAUUUGAAGGGAUGCAGCAACAAGUAUGACAAAAGAAACUCAGGGAGGAUAAAUGGAAGAGGGGCACUAAGAAUAUAUAGAUAUGAGGACUGCCCAGAAGCAAAGAAGGAGGUUCUGGCAGUCACAAAGAACACAGAGGCUAUCAGCAGAAGUUUCCGACAUUUUUUCCAAACAUUUAUACAUUAGUAUAAAAACUGGGGAGGGGGGGGGGGGCGCAGCAGGUUAAACUGCUAAGUUGCAGAACUUGCUGACCGCAAGGCUGGCGACUCAAAUCGCAGGACGGGGUGAUCUCCCACUGUUAGCCCCAGCUUCUGCCAACCUAGAAAUUUGAAAACAUGCAAAUGUGAAUAGAUCAAUAGGUACUGCUUUGGUGGGAAGGUAAUGGCGUCCAUGCAGUCAUGCGAGCCACAUGACCUAGGAGGCAUCUACGAACAAGUCCCUUCGGGUGAGAAGAGCAGGAUAUAAAUGUUGCAAAUAAAUAAAUAAAUAAAUAAACAACAUUGGCUCUUCGGCUUAGAAAUAGAGAUGAGCACACACACACCCCGAGAUAAACAUGACUAGACUAAAUGUCAAGGGGCAACCUUUAUCUUUAGAGGGUUGUUGUAUGUCUUUCGGGCUGUGUGGCCACGUUCCAGAAGUAUUCUCUCCUGACGUUUCGCCCACAUCUAUGGCAGGCAUCCUCAGAGGUUGUGAGGUAUGGAUAAAUUAGGUAAGGAAAGGAAAAUAUAUAUAUCUGUGGAGAGUCCAGGGUGUGGCAAGAGUGCUUUGUCACUGGGAAGCCAGCAUUAAUGUUAUCUUUACCUUUAUAACAAAUGGAAGCUUGGGUCAAUAAAGUGCAAGCUGUGUGUUUUGAAUGAAAAUACAUUUUGGACCAGAUUCUUUUGAGAUUUUGCAUGAGCAAGAAAUUACCUGAAUAGAUUUAUAACCAAGCCCUGGUGACGAUGCACAACAGGGAGACUAUCUUGAAGACUACAAGCAAGUGCAUACAGUCAUGAUGUAGCAUAGAAUGAUUAAUAUAGUUUCAAUCUAAAUGACCAUUAUAUGUAUUAUAGACUUUAUAUAGGAUUUCAUAUGAGUUCCUUUCAAAGGCAUGUACAUUACAAUUGUUACUGGUACUGUUGGAAUACUCUCUCUGGAUCCCAUUUUAAUUAAUAUUAGAAAUAAAAUAUUAGAAAUACAA